AUGGUCCGCCAGACGCCGCCGGCGGCGGUGGCGCUGCCCGUCGUCGUCCUCCUGGCGGCCGCCGCCGCGGCCGUGUCCGCCCUCCCGGCGAUCAAUGUGACGACGAUGGCGUUCGAGGACGGGUACGCGCCGCUGUUCGGGCACGGCAACAUCCUCCGAUCCGCCGACCACCGCACCGUCAGCCUCCUCCUCGACCGCUCCACCGGGUCUGGUUUCACCUCGUCGUCCAUGUACCAGCACGGCUUCUUCAGCGCGUCCAUCAAGCUCCCCUCCGACUACACCGCCGGCGUCGUCGUCGCCUUCUACGCGUCCAACGGCGACGUGUUCGAGAAGCGGCACGACGAGCUGGACUUCGAGUUCCUGGGCAACAUCCGAGGGAAGCCAUGGCGGGUACAGACGAACGUGUACGGCAACGGCAGCGUGGGGCGGGGGCGAGAGGAGCGGUACGUGCUCCCGUUCGACCCGACCACGGAGUUCCACCGCUACUCCAUCCUGUGGACGCCCUCCGCCGUGGCCUUCUACAUCGACGACGUGCCGGUGCGCGAGGUGCGGCGGUCGGACGCCAUGGGCGGGGACUUCCCCUCCAAGCCCAUGUCGAUCUACGCCACCGUCUGGGACGCCUCCACCUGGGCCACCGCGGGGGGCCGGUACCGCGUCAACUACCGGUACGGGCCCUUCGUCGCGUCCUUCACCGACCUCGCCCUCCUCGGCUGCCGCGUCGACGGGCCCAUCCAGCAGAUGCCGGCGGCGGGGCGGUGCGCUGCCGCCGAGGAGAAGCUCAGGGCGUCGGACGUGGCCGUCAUGACCGUGGAGAAGCAGCAGGCCAUGCGCCGGUUCCGGGAGAGCAAAAUGGUCUACUCCUACUGCUACGAUACGCUGCGCUACCCCGCCGCGUUCCCCGAGUGCGACGUCGUCGAGUCAGAGCGCCGCCGGUUCAAGGACACCGGACACCUUCGCUUCGCGCUCCGGCGGCGGAUGGGCCCGCGACGCUCCGGCGGCAGGGCGGCCAGCAGAGCCGCCGCCGCCGCCAGGGACAGGGACAGGGACCUCAAGAAGCGCGCGGCGGACUUGUAG